AUGAUACAAGUGAUUAAGCAAAUAGCGGACAGGACAAGGUAUAAUAACGAAUAAUAACUAAUGAACUCGGUCACCACUUAAAAAAGGACUCAUUUUUCACAAUUCAAUCAGCUUCGUCUCCGAAUCAUUGUCACUCAGCUUUGUUUCCACCAAUCGAUCGACUCUGUUUUUUUCUUUUCAAAAAGAAAAACACCUCACACCAACAUCGCUCUUCUCAUACUGUCCCAUACUUUUCACGCAUUCCUUCACUCGACAUACUACUAAAUGAUUAUUGAAAAAAAUAUUUCCAUAUUACGUUUGUCUUUUAAAAUAGUGCAACUUCGUCUAGAGAAGUUCGUAUCGAGCAAGAACAAAUAAUUGAUAGAAUAUUCUGCAUUGGAAAAGAAAUGAAAAAUAUAGAAGAUAAUUUUUCCAUAAGAUGUUUUGUUUCUAAAGAAAUUCAAUUUGAAAAUUUAGCAAAUACACGUAUGCCAAAACAAUUUUUAACAAAACAUAUUCAAGAUCAUCCAUAUGAAAAUCCUCCGUUUAAACAAUUACCGUCACUUUGGCAUCGUGUAGUUUCGCAAAAACUAGAAAAAGAAAAACGUGGCGAAUAUGUAGGUGGAGGAUGCGACCCAUUUAAACGGAUGCACGUCCGUGAUCCGAUCUCGUUGGGUGUCUCUUCGUGUUCAUGUUUCAAGCGAGCAAGAGACGACGAGAUUCCGUAAAAUCUCUUAAAUUCAGUGGUGGGUGUCGAAUCCAGCAUGUGGACCGGGCAAAUGAGGAAACGGCCAACUAGCCAAGUCAUUUCCACCGUUUACUAGGGCCACUUUGCUCUAUCCGACCCGGUGGGAGUCUUCAUUCCUGACAAUUAUUAAUUAUUCAACUUGCCUCGUCCGGAUGUCUCCUUUGUCACCGAUUUUCUUCUUCGGCGUGUUUCUUUCUUACCUAACUCUACCACUUCAAAUAGAUCUCAAUUAAUUGAUUAAAUCGUAUAAUUAUCAGAGAUUUCUUUUCUUUAUUUUUCUUCUAUUACAAAAAUUAAUGAAAUGUUAAUUAAUAGAUUAUCAACCAACUUUAAAAAAAUAACUUUUUUAUUGUUAACUAAUUUUAAUAAGCUUUUAAAAAGUUAAAAAUAAAAUAUAUUCAUAACAAACGAACGUUUAUUAUGAAUUUUUCAUUUGAAGUUAUUCAUAACUUUAAUUAUUUAGAACUUAAUUCUCAAUGAAAUUUAGAGGGAAAUUAUGUGAUAACUCAACAUACUAAUUAAAUUAUUUAACAUUAAAAUUACCGAUUAUUAAUGUGCAUUUAAAUAUAAUAAAAUAAAAGUAAAAAUAAUGACUUUAUAAAGAUAUAAUACAAUUUUAUUAAAAGUCUCAUUCAAAGACUAAUUUUUCUAUUCUUAAUUUAUGAAAUCUUUAUGGUUUCUGCCCUAGAACUUUGAAAUCCAUCUUUCAUAUAUCGUUACAUCCAAUACUGAUAAACUGUAUUAAUAUAUAUUUACUUUCAUUUACUUUAUUUACAUUAAUAUUUUAUUUAUUUUCACCAGAAUUCAUAAAACAUAUGAUAUCGCAAAUAUAAUCUUAAAACUUGCAGCUAUUAAAAAUUAAAUACUAAUUGAGUUAUUUGCCUUUCCUUCUUUUAUUAAUAAUAGGAUAAGUCCGGAAUACUUUGAAAAAACAUCAUACAAUUGUUAUUUUUUUGAUUUUUGAUAUUUUUGACAAAUUUAGGUACCGUCCGUGUAGGAUUUAGGAUAUAAAUAAUAUUAUGUAAUAUGUAGGAUAUAA